UUUGUUAGUCGCACUUUAUUCCUCGAAUGAGUAAUACGUUUUGAAUUCACGAAACUAUAUUUUUGGAAUACCGUCAUUUUUACCGCAACACCGAUUAAAGUUGCGAUAAAAAAAAAGUUGUUAUUUGUGUCAUCUAGGUUUGUUUGGUCUUAAUUAUGGCGAAAAUUGUGCUACUGUUGGGAAUUUUAGUUAUCAUGUUAGAUGUUGCUUUAGGAAGGAUUGUAAAUAAAAGAAAAUGUCCGGAAGUACGUGCUGUUCCACAUUUCGAUUUAUCUCAGAUGCUAGGGGACUGGUAUGUUGUGGAAUACUAUGCCAGUGCUGAAGAAGCACUCUCAUAUAGCUGCAUGAGAGCUGUUUUCACAGAAGACGAUCAUGUUCAAACCGCUGAUGGGUCAGUGGAAUGGACGCCGGGUGUGACUAUGAAUUUCACAUAUCGCUUCGCGGACGACCCCCUCGGAGAGAACUUGCUCGGCAACAUUACUUGGCGAGUUGACUUGAACGAGCCCGCGCACUGGACUCAUUCUGAACUCACGUAUGAUGGUAUUUACAACACAUAUGUACUGGACACGGAGUACAAGACUUGGGCGUUGUUACUGCAUUGCGCGGAACAGAGAGAGGGCGCUCGAUACCUGAGUGCAUUUGUACUGUCCAGAAAGGCAACUCUGCCUAAAAAUGUGAUGGCAUACUUAAGAGAUAAACUUCCAAGAUACGACGUGGAUAUAAAAUAUGUGUUCCCCAUACCGCACAAUGAGUGCACGUCGACGCCGGCUAAAUACAACUAUUCACCAAUACUUGUUGAAGCUGGAAGCAAGACAAUAAAACGACCCGGAAUUUCCUACAAUACUAAUUAAACUAAUAUUAUUCAUUAAUUAACUGAGAUUGUAAUAUUGUUAUGAUUUUAUCCACAAUUAACAAAACAUUGAAAACAUUAUAAGGAACGAAAAUGAUUACGAACAUUGAUACUUUGUAUAUUAAAAUACAUA